UCCCGCCCCGUCCCAGUUCCGGCAGCGCUCGGCCUCGGCGCGGCCAUGGAGGCGCUGCGGGCGGCGGGUCGCGCUGUGCUGCGGAGUCCGCGUCUCGCCCGGCACGGCUUGGGGCUCUGCCGGCGGCGCAAGCUUCCUGAGAGCUGGGCUGAUAUGCAGGAACCGCUGCUUGAGGGGAUGUGCUUCACUCUGAAGUAUCUAGGCAUGACACUGGUAGAGAAACCCAAAGGGGAAGACAUGGCAGCUGCUGCCAUCCGCCGGAUCGUCGCCACGGCACGGGUGGGAGCUCGCAAGUUCCAGAAGGUGAUUCUGACAGUGUCUCCAAGGGGCAUCUCACUGCAGGACGCUGACACAAAGGAGAUGGUCGAGAAUAUAUCCAUCUACAGGAUCUCCUACUGCACAACAGACAAGCUGCAGAACAAAGUCUUCGCUUACGUUGCACAGAGCCAGGAGAGCGGGGCGCUGGAGUGCCAUGCCUUCCUGUCACCCAAGAAGAAGAUUGCCCAGGCUGUGACUCUGACGGUGGCCCAGGCCUUCCAAAUGGCACUGGAUCUCUGGGAAGCAGCAAAUGCAGGCUCUAGGCAGGAACAGCCCCUUCACCCUCCAUGUGUCUUGGAGCGCAGUGAGCCCAGCAGAGCAAGUGAGCCAGCUCCCCCGGGGAGCCCUCCCUUCAGACACCAGUUUGGGGAGGAGGAAGAGGAGGAGGAAGAUGAAAACCUCGAUGAAACUUUAUCUGGCAGGUGCUUGCUUGGAGAUGAUGGGUGCUCUGUUCUCUUCCAAAGCUGCAUGGAGGAGCUGGGGAGGGGAACCCAUGGACCAGCAGAGUCGGCGCCUCCUGUGCCCAGAGCGAGCUCAUCUACUGCACAGCUGCCGCUGAGCUGGCCCCGCCUGGGGCAGCCCCCAGGCAGCCGGAAGGAGCCAGGAGGACUUGGAGACCCCCCUACAGCUGGCCCUGGGACCGAGUGCCCCGAGAAUCCCCUGGGCUAAGCCAUGUCUCUGCAGCAACGGAGCAGCCACUCAGGUUUCACCCUGUGCCUGCACCCAGGCCGGUCAGUGCCUGCACCGUCCCCAGGCACGGGGGCUGUGGGCACCGCUGCCAUGCAGCGCGGGGACUGUGACCCCCGCUCCUUGUCCUGAUGCCCACCUGCAUGAACCGCCUCAAGCUGCAGUUGCUCCCCGCUCCCCUUUAAGGCUGAUGGACUGGUGUUCGUUGCUCUGCCUGCGCAGGCCCAGCCACCCCACGUGCCCUGAGGCUGCAGGAUGUAGGCGGUGCACCCAGGGCUGCGCUGAUCUGACUUUACUCCUUGUAGUGGCAGCAGGGACCAGCCGAGGCCGAGCAGCCUGCUGGGCACGGGGCUUGCUCAGCAAAUUGAAGGUGCAUAUAACCUUUGGGAAGCCAUAGCUGUUGGCCUGGAGGGGCCUUGCCCCUGCAGUUCAGCCCUGCACCCUCCCACGAGUGAAGCGAGCUGUUUUUGAAAGGAAAGCUCUGCAUUUGUAGGGAAAUAAACUGAGGGUGGUUUGUUGUUUUUUUUUC